AAUAAAGAAAGUGACUCAUUUUUCCGAUGAGGAGAGAGAGAAAGUGUCUCGCACGAGCCUCGACUCUCGAUAGUCUUACUUCGUUCAUGAACGAAAGUGGAUCGAGCAACUGAGCUCAUAUAUUCAGAAAGAAACAAAUGUGCUAUACCAUGAAACAUAAACUAUCUUUUUGCUUACUUCCUAUGUUACUUUUUCAAUUGUGCAUUAUGGAAAUUCCAGAGAAUUUAUAUUCGAUAUCCGCUAUAAAUUCACUUAACGUGUCAAUGAUCGAGCCAUUAGGAAUAUGGGGUGAAAUUUUAGAAAACUGGACUAUUUCCGAUUCAAAAAUAACCAGAAUGUCGAAAGUGAUGAAAUUGGGAGAUAAAAGUUUAACCGUAACGAGUAAAAUAUCGAUGCCAAACAAACGGGAAGUCUCUGAAACAGAUCUCUAUUUACUUGGUGCGAUAGAGAAACUUGUCUACAGAGUAGAUUUUUUAGAAAAUCGUCUCAGAAGAGCGGAAGAACUUCUGUAUUAUGUAAUUUCUGGAAAUAUCAACAAAAAAGAACCCUGUCCCAGUAAUUACUCCAAAAUCGGCCAGAAUUGCUAUCACUUUAGCAAUCGUGAAUUCGACUGGAAAUCGUCGGCAAGCCUUUGUCGAGGAAUGGGCGGCCAAUUAUUGGAAUUUGAUACUAAUAAUGAAAAACACGAUGUAAUAGUUAAUUUACAAACGAAUUCUAAAUUAAAAGGUAAAACCUUUUGGACAGGAGGAUUAAAUCCAGGUCUUCUUUGGAUCUGGGCUAGUAGUGCAAAACCAGUUUAUCAAAAUACUAAAUACACUGUUCCUGGUGAUGGAAGAUGUUUAAAAUUAUCCUACAAUUCUACAUCUAAAUUGUACUCUUAUCAAAGUGAUGAUUGUGGCGCAAAACACAAAUAUGCUUGUAAAUUGGCAAAAGAUGAUGAUUCAGCAAAAAAAAUUGAGAAAACUGCAAAAAUGUUGAACGAAUAGCAUUAAAUGUAAUAACUAAUAUUUAAUAACAUGUGUGUAAAUUCAUUGUAUUCAUUGCAUAUAUAUUUAUUUGAUUUCAAAAAUUCAUAUUUAAUAAUAUUAAAAAAUAUAAUACUUGUAUAUAAAAAUAAGUAAACACAAUAUACUUAAUGUAAUAUUAAAUAUAAUCAUAAGUACUGUAUGUUAAGUUCAACUAAUAUUGAAAUUAAUUUAUACAAUGAUAGAAUUAUUAUAUCAUUAUUAUUAUUAUUAUUUCAAUUAUUGAUUAUUUAAUAAUGUAAAUUAUUAUUAAAUAAUAAAACAUAUAAUAAAAUUUUAAUUAAGUACAAUGAAUUAGGAAUGAUUAAUAAGUAUAAGAAAAAAACUAUAAUAAAAUAAAUCUAAUAAAUAUUUUAAAAAAUUUAAAGCGUUUUACCGUUCACAGUUUGUAUUAUAUACACGUUCUGUUUCUGAAACAAGAUAUAUGUGUACAUUAAUUGUACGAUAUUAAUUCAUACAAUUUCUUGCAUGGCAAAUCAUAUUGCAAUUUGAUGAAAUUGCUUUUGCAAUUUGAUGACUCAUAAUAAGACUUCGUUUUCCCUCGUUUAUCAUUCCAAGAACAUCGUGACUAUUAGUGAUAAGUCCUCCAUUCUCAUAGAUUAGAUUUUUAGUUUUUUCAAUAUUAGGUAUCGAAACAC